AUGCCCUUUCGGGAAGCAACAUACGCUGACCUCAUACCGGCGUCACAUAUUUUGAGCACAGCCUUCAAGAAUGACAGCUUCCAGAGCAAAUACCUUCGCCCUCUGCUGUCCAAAUACCCCCAUGACCUAGAAAGACAUCACCUUCGACAGCUGCGCAUGCAAUGGGCACGUCGUUCAGCUGAUCACAAGCUUUUCGUCGCCUUCAAGCCGGCCGCAGACGGCAAAGGAGAAGACUGCUUGACAGGCGUGGCGAGCUGGUCCCGAAGAAGUGCAACUCCACGGCCAGCGACUUGGUCGGUGACUGCUUGGACGACAGCUGUAGGCUACUACAACCAAGCAGAAGCCUACUUUUGGCCCGACCGAGCAGCUGAUCCGGAACGUGCGACCAUUCUUACUCGAUCGGCGCCUUACAGCAAGCAUCACUGGACGGGUAGCCGAGCAGAAGUCUGGUAUCUGAAUAUCAUUGGCGUAGAUCCCAGGUUCGAAGGCCAAGGCAUUGGACGUGAACUUGUGGCAUGGGGCUUUGAGCAGGCGAGGAAAGACGGUGUCGGUACCAGUUGCAUCGCUGCUUCAGGCCGAGAUCAGUUUUAUUUGGCCUGCGGAUUCGAU